CCGAGCGCGGACCUGGCUUGCUCCCCGCGGCUCACCUGCCUUGGCCGUAGCCCGCCUCACCUGACCUCCGCGGAACCUGAUGAGCCUCCGAACCUUCUACUGAAGUGUGUCCUUGCCCCGCCGUGCGUGCUCUAUCGGGGUUUCCAAUUCCUCCUAGAGUCUUGAAGCCUUCUCCCCGCGGUGUCCAAGCCCUCCUCCCAGGGUCUCCGCACCCUCUCCUGUGGGAUUUCCAACGCUCCUUUCCCUGGGCCCAUGCCACACCUGAGGGCACUGGGUCCUAUUGGUGCUCAGUAUCUGUGAGGCCUGCUGUUUAGUUUACAACAUUCAGUUUCCUGUCCAGUGGGCAAGAAGUAAGAUCUUAACCAGUCCUGUCAAGAUACCUAAGAUUCUGAAUGAGUGGAAUUAGCGGUGAGGUUCAUUCAUAAGGAUUAAGUCUAAAGAAGGUAAGUAAUUUAUUGACACAGAGGGGGAAAAAAAAACCUGGACUCAUUGAACAAGAAAAGAGAUCUGCCCAACAAUCCCCAAACUGGGGAAAUCAGAUGCCAUCGCCUGGCAACUUACCUAGAAGCCCAAGAGACCAGGACAAUUGCAGACCUACCUACCAGGUUGUCUGAUAACAAUGGUGACAAUUGACCCAAGUCUGAAAUAAUCAUAUUUCUAUAGACCUCGUGCAGGAGGGAAUCAAAGUAAAGAACUACACACUUGCAAGAGGGAAUACUAACUUCUCUCUCUCCUUUCCCUUUAGAUUUUGCAGCAAUUUACUUUGGUAAACAAGUCUGAAUGUGUCUGAAUCAGUUCAUAUCAGAAUUGAAACAGACAUUGGAAGGACAUAAGCCUGAAUUUCUGCACUAGGAAGAAGUGCCCAGAAAAGAGAUUUUUUAGUUAUAUGACUUCUCAAAAAAUAGUGAGAUGUCGGGUUCCUCACCAUUUAAGAUGCGACUAGUUCAUCUGGACCUGAAAGGAGCCCCACCAAAGGUCUGCUACCUCUCGGAGAUUUUCCCCCUGUUCCGUGCCCUGGGUGCAAAUGGCGUCCUCAUUGAGUAUGAAGACAUGUUUCCCUAUGAGGGCCACCUGAGGCUGCUGAGGGCCAAGCAUGCGUACAGCCCUUCCGAAAUCAAAGAGAUCCUGCACUUGGCCACACUGAAUGAGCUGGAGGUCAUUCCCUUGGUGCAGACAUUUGGGCACAUGGAGUUUGUGCUGAAGCAUGAAGCUCUUGCUCACCUCCGGGAAGUGGCACGUUUCCCCAAUACCCUGAACCCCCACAAAGAGGAGUCCCUGGCACUGGUCAGAACCAUGAUCGACCAGGUAAUGGAGCUGCACCCGGGCGCCCGGUGGCUCCACGUCGGCUGUGACGAGGUCUACUACCUUGGAGAGGGUGAGACCUCGAGACAGUGGUUGCAGCAGGAGCCCAACAGCAAAGCAGAGCUGUGUCUGUCCCACAUGGAGGCGGUGGCCAGCCAUGUGCGGGCCCGGUACCCCACCACAACACCCCUGAUGUGGGACGACAUGCUGCGGGACAUCCCCGAGGACCAGCUCUCAGGGUCAAGGGUGCCGCAGUUGGUGGAGCCUGUGCUCUGGGACUAUGGGGCUGACCUGGACAUCCACGGCAAAGCGCUCCUUGUGGAGAAGUACCGGAAGAGCGGCUUCUCCUGGCUCUGGGCCGCCAGCGCCUUCAAGGGGGCCACAGGAGUGAACCAGAGCCUGACCCCCAUCGAGCACCACCUCAGAAACCACCUGCAGUGGCUGCAGGUGGCGGGCAGCGUGCCAGCGGACACGCUGCGGGGCAUCAUCCUGACUGGCUGGCAGAGGUAUGACCACUUCUCCGUGCUGUGCGAGCUGCUGCCCGUGGGAAUCCCAUCCCUGGCCGUCUGUCUGCAGGUGCUGCUGCACGGAGACUUUGCUGAAAAUGUCAAAGCAAGAGUGGAGAACUUUCUUGGGGUUUCGAGCCUGGAGGAAAUGGAUUUUAGGAGUGAGGGCGCCGGCUCCUUCCCUGGCAGCAACAUCCUGGCCCUCGUCACACAAGUCAGCCUCCAUCUGUGCGGCUCCGUGGACGUGCUGCUGGAGAGGGACAGGUAUGUGACUGGUUGGUUCAGCCCCUACCAUCGCAGGAGGAAGCUCAUCCACCCGGUCAUGAUCGAGCACAUCCAGCCCCAGGCACUCAGUCUCCUGGCCAGGUGGAACACCCUUGCAGGGGAGCUGGAGGCUGCCCUGCAGCGUGUCUUCUACCCGGACACGGUGGAGGAGUGGCUGGAGGAGAACGUGCACCCCAGCCUGCGGCGGCUGCAGGCUCUGCUACAGGACCUGGGUGAGGCGGCCGGCCCCAGGCAGGACUCAGGUCAGGACCCCUGAGGGGAGAGGCCAAGAACAGGCUUUCAGCAGCCCAGCACCCUCAUCUAGCUGCACCCGGCCCCAUGCGCCCCUCCUGAGUCCUGGACAGCCAUGCCAGCGGGCAGCAGCCACAGAGUAAAUAUGGAAGCAAAAGGCCCCCUGGGCCUAUGCGGUGAUCAGCAUUAGAACUUUUUUUGAAAUAAAAAGGAGAGUGGAAUCCAGAAAUCAUGCUGCUAGGAAUUUGAAAGGCUUCAUUACUACUCUGGCCCGGGCUGCUUACAGUGGGACCCUCACAAUGCUCUGGAGACCCUUCUCACCCAACCCAGCUCCCAGGGAGAAGAGUCAGCCAAACACUCUCCCUCUGGUCCUGGAGCCUCCUCCAGCCCUGGGAUGAACACACCAGAAACCAGUGUACAGCAUAUCACACCUUUUAAGAGAAAAGCACUCCAGACUUAACCAUUUGGAAACCUAACUUUGGCAUGUUUAAGUGACUGUGUCCCCAUAGGUCUGGCUGGCAAGCAUUACUUAGAAAGGAGAGGAUCUCCUCUCUCUGGAGUUCCCUGAAGUUGCUCUCAUCCAGGCAGCCUCGGAACCCUGGGUCUAUGGGUCUUCCAGGCCAUUCCCAGUGUAAGCCUUGUGGAUUCCCCCAGAGAUGCUCUUGGCACAUGCUAUACCUUGGAGGAACUUGGGUUCAGAGAAAGCAGAAGAAAACCAACAGCGCAGGUGAGGGUCAGUGUGACUGGCACCCAGAUUCCAUGGGGGUGGCUGCAGCCAGCUGCCCAAGCCCUGCUGAGGGGCAGUCAUGAGCCUGGCCCAUUCUGGCCACAUACAAACAGGCCCAACCACCAGGGUUUGAGAGAAGCUGGGAAUAUGGGUUCCAAAGGAUGGGUGCACGUUUUUAAAUGACUCGAUGGACAUGAAUUUGAGUAAACUCCGGGAGUUGGUGAUGGACAGGG